ACAAGUCAGUCUUGAGUUCACAUGUUGCGUGUCCCAGGAGGAGACAUUGCGUAAGAAUUAAAAUUGCAGAUGUCGAAGCUGGAAUUUAAAUGAAAGUCGGCAAAGAGUCCCUUUAAAGGUAUAUUGUGCAAAUCUUGGAGAAGGCCUCAACUAGCAUCAUGCAAAAGCAUAGGGAACAGGACAGUGUGAAGCCAUGGCCAAAUCCCCCACAGACAAAUUGUAGUACCAUUAAAAAUGAGAAAACAAAUGAUUUUGAACAAUUAACAGUGACCAAUACAACACAUGGGAAAGAAAAGAAGCCUGCAUCUAGGGAAAGGAUGACUGCAAAUAGAGGUUUUAUGAAAAAAGAAGUAGGUCAGGUUUACAUAAAGCCGACCUCAGCACUCACAAGCACAAAACAGGGCGAGGUCAAAAAGACUCACAAUAGAACAUAUUUACUAUGGUCAGCACGGCAAACCCCAAUAAUCAAGGAAUGGGAAGAAAAGAAGGAGGUGAUUCUGCAUGGCCAAGAAAGGAAGGUAAUGACCUCAACUGGCCUGGUGAACCAAAAUGUCAAGCUGAGCAACCACCAGAAGAAGGUGAUUAUUGUAUCACCGGAUCUGACUUCAUCUAAAAAAUCCCAAAAGAGUUUGGUUUUAACUCCAUUUGAGAAAACGAUGCAGAGUUUAUCUCCAACUCAAUCUGGGAAAGCUAAAAGGAAUUUGACUCCAAUUACAUCUGGAAAAAUGAAACAGAGUUUGACUCCAGUUCUAUUUAAGGAAAUUAAACUGAGUUUGGCACCAAAUCAUUCUGGAAAAGACAAAAGGAGUUUGACUUCAGUUCCAUUUAACAAAACGAGGCAGAGUCUGGCUCCAACUCAAGCUGGGAAAGCUAAAAGCAGUUUGACACCAAUUACAUCUGGAAAAAUGAAACAGAGUUUGACUCCAAUUCCAUUUAAGGAAAUGAAAGAGAGUUUGACUCCAGUUCCAUCUGAGAAAAUGAAACUAAGUUUGGCUCUAACUCAAUCUGGGAAAGACAAAAGGAGUUGGACUCCUGUUCCAUUUGGGAAAACAAAGCAGAGUCUGGCUCCAACUCAAGAUGGGAAAGCUAAAAGGAGUUUGACACCAUUUACAUCUGGAAAAAUAAAACAGAGUUUGACUCCAAUCACAUUUAAGGAAAUGAAAAAUAGUUUGACUCCAGUUCCAUCUGAGAAAAUAAAACAGAGUUUAACUUCAGUUCCAUCUCAGGAAUCAAAACAGAGUUUGACUCCAAUUCCUUUUAAGGAAACAAAAUCCGAUUUGAUUUCAAUUCCAUCUGAGGAAACUAAAAUAUGUUUGAAUCCAAUCCCAUCUGAGGAAUCAAAACAGAUGUUUGACUACAGUUCCAUCUGA